UUCCACUCGACCUCUCAGCGUCUUCGAGCUGCUUUCCAUGUGUUUACAGUAGAUCAUCGGAAAUCUUGGAAAUCGGAGUCACCCGUGGGAUGACUGUGCUUGAGUAGUGCUCGCCUAAGGUCUCGCUUUGCACCAUUCAGUUCGCACCCUCCCAGCGGCUCUCUAGGCGUCGACGAUAACGGCGCGAUAUCUCCCUCCUGCCUUGCGCUGCUCCACAUCCUAGUCUCUCAUGGCUAAAGCAGGCGUCGACACUCCUGUGCUUCAGGACGUGGAGAAGGAUGGUGUGUCUAUCGGCGGGAGCUCAUACGCUCAGAAGGACUGGCAUCAUUCGUACAAGUGGUCGAGGACACUACUACAGUGGGGUCUAGAGACGAGAGGUAUUACCCCCGUACCCCUCGCAGAACGAGUGGACACACAGUACAGCAAGAUAUUCUUCAUCUGGCUGUCCGCCAACUUCAAUAUCCUCUCAUUCUCCGCGGGUACUCUGGGACCGGUCGUGUUCGGUCUGGGCCUAAGAGAGUCUUGCUUGGUCAUUCUCUUCUUCAAUCUACUAUGCAGUGCACUCCCAGCAUAUUUUUCUACUUGGGGACCAAAACUCGGACUGCGCCAAAUGUGCCAGGCCCGUUACAGCUUCGGCUACUACGGUGUAAUUAUACCAAGUGUCUUUAACCUGUGCUCGAUGACGGGCUUCUGUAUCCUUAACUGUAUCCUUGGCGGCCAAACAUUGGCAAGUAUAUCCAACGGCCAUCUAAGCUGGAGCGUCGGGAUUGUGGUUAUCACCCUUAUAUCCUUAUUCGUCUCGUUUUGUGGCUAUAGAGUCUUGAACUGGUACGAACGUCUCGCAUGGCUUCCGGUCCUCGUUGUGUACCUCGUCGCUCUCGGAGUCGGCGGAAAACAUCUCAGCAACCCGCCCCCAGCGGAGCCGGCAACCGCAGCAGCAGUUUUGUCGUUCGCAUCCACGAUCGCGGGCUUCGUUAUCACCUACUGCGCGUUGGGGUCAGAUUUUACUAUCUACUUCAGCCCGUCUGUACAAAGUUGGAGAAUAUUCCUCUACUCGUACAUGGGUUUCAACAUCCCAAUAAUUCUCAUCCAAUGCCUCGGCGCAGCCGUCGCCGUCUCUGUGCCUUUCGUCCCCGAAUGGGAGGACGGCUACGCGAACGGGAACGUCGGCGGGCUCAUCGAGGCGAUGCUCCGGCCGACGGGCAACUUCGGGAAGUUCCUCACGGUGCUCAUGGCGCUCAGCGUGACCGCGAACAUCGCGCCCACGUUCUACUCGUUCUCCCUGAGCUUCCAGGUGUUCAUCCCGCCCCUCGCCGUCAUCCCGCGCUACAUGUUCUCCCUCCUCGCCACCGCGAUAUUGAUCCCCGUCUCGAUCGUCGGCGCACACAAGUUCUACGACACGCUCACGAACUUCCUCGGGCUCAUCGCCUACUGGGCGAGCGCCUUCGGCGCCAUCGUCCUCCUCGAGCACCUCCUCUUCCGCCGCGGCGCCUUCGCGUCCUACACCCUGCGCUACUGGCAGGACGCGCGCCGCCUCCCCACGGGGCUCGCCGCGCUGGGCGCGUGUGCGCUCGCGUGCGCGUUCAUCGUGCCGUCGAUGGACCAGGUGUGGUUCGUCGGGCCGUUUGCGCGGCAUGCGGGGGAUAUUGGGUUUGAGGUCGCGUUUUUCGCGGCGGGGCUGUUUUAUGUCCCGCUAAGGUAUGUGGAGCUGCGGUUUAGGCCGAUGGUGUAGCGUGGGCGCUCAGGCGCGAUGUGAAGAGGGAGGAAAGUUGCGUAUACGGGCGGGCUGGAGAGGUGGACCAAGCGGUGGGUACACACACGACCGGAGAGAAGUCAAAAUGAAUAAAUAGCGGUGUGCGUGACGCAUAUUGGUAGUCCUGGUCAUACUACAGCUACAAUUACAUCGCCCACGUCGCCUUCCUUGAUAUGUAUGAUU